AUGUGCCCUGGGAGACCACCACGACCUGCAGCAAGGAGCACAGAUCAGGUGAGUCACACUUCCAAUCAUCUGCACUCAGUACUGAGUGUGAGUGUGAGCUAGACCCUGAUUAACUGCAGGUGCAGAAUACUCUGUUUAACCCUUGCUGUGCCUGGCUGGCUGUUUAACCCUUGCUGUGCCUGGCAGUUUGUUUAACCCUUGCUGUGCCUGGCAGUUUGUUUAACCCUUGCUGUGCCUGGCUGUGUGUUUAACCCUUGCUGUGCCUGGCUGUGUGUUUAACCCUUGCUGUGCCUGGCUGUUUGUUUAACCCUUGCUGUGCCUGGCUGUUUGUUUAACCCUUGCGGUGCCUGGCCGGCUGUUUAACCCUUGCGAUGCCUGGCUGUUUAACCCUUGCGGUGCCUGGCUAUUUAACCCUUGCGCUGCCUGGCUGUUUAACCCUUGCUGUGCCUGGCUGACUGUUUAACCCUUGCGGUGUCAGGCUACAGGCGGAGGAUACUGCAUUCGAUUUAAAGUCCCUCAGCUGCAAAUCCUAUUACCUCGUGCACCUUUACUCUGAGUAUUUUUCCCUGCACUGACUUCUCACUAUUUACUAAAGUGAGAAUUGAAAGUGAAUUUAAAAAGGGCAGAGUAGCCAAACUGAAAGCAUACCUGACUAAGAGAAUGUUUCCACUUCGGCUAUUUUGACUUUAAAUUUGAAACAGUGGCAUUUCUAGAUUUUGUGAGGCAGUGGGGUGUGAGUAAAGGGGGAGUGUGACUGGGUGAGUAAAGGGGGGGGUGUGACUGGGUGAGUAUAUGGGGGAGUGUGACUGGGUGAGUAAAGGGGGGUGGACUGGGGUGAGUAUAAGGGGGAGUGUGACUGGGUGAGUAAAGGGGGGUGGACUGGGUGAGUAUAUGGGGAGUGUGACUGGGUGAGUAUAUGGGGGAGUGUGACUGGGUGAGUAAAGGGGGGGGUGUGACUUGGUAAGUAUAUAGGGGAGGGUGACUGGGUGAGUAAAGGGGGAGUGUGACUGGGUGAGUAAAGGGGGGUGUAACUGGGUAAGUGACGGGGGAGUGAGUAAAUGGAGGAGUGUGACGGGGGAGUGAGUAAAUGGGGGAGUGUGUCUGGGUGAGUAAAUGGGGGAGUGUGACGGGAUGAGUAAAUGGGAGAGUGUGACGGGGUGAGUAAAUGGGAGAGAGUGUGACGGGGUGAGUAAAUGGGAGAGAGUGUGACGGGGUGAGUAAAUGGGAGAGAGUGUGACGGGGUGAGUAAAGGGGGAGUGUGACAGAGUGAACUCACUUUGAAUUCCCCACAAUUCUCACUUUAGUUGUGUCAUAUUAUAUAUUUACACACAGACAUACAGGUGAUUCUCGAAAAUUAGAAUAUCGUGCAAAAGUUCAUUUAUUUCAGUAAUGCAACGUAAAAGGGGAAACUAAUAUAGGAGAUAGACGCAUUACAUGCAAAGCAAGAUAGUUCAAGCCGUGAUUUGUCAUAGGUGCGAUGAUUAUGGCUUACAGCUCAUGAAAACCCCAAAUCCACAAUCCCUGUAAAUUAGAAUAUUGUGAAAAGGUGCAAUAUUCUAGGUCCACUCUAAUCAGCAAAGUAAGUCAUAACACCUGCAAAGGGUUUCCGAGCCUUUGAAUGGUCUCUCAGUCUGGUUCAGUAGGAAUCACAAUCAUGGGGUAGUCUGCUGACCUGACAGUUGUGCAGAAAACCAUCAUUGACACCCACCAUAAGGAGGGAAAGCCUCAAAAGGUAAUUGCGAAGGAAGUUGGAUGUUCCCAAAGUGCUAUAUCAAAGCACAUUAAUAGAAAGUUAUGUGGAAGGGAAAAGUGUGGAAGAAGAAGGUGCACAAGCAGCAGGGAUGACCACAGCCUGGAGAGGAUUGUCAGGAAAAGGCCAUUCAAAAGUGUUGGGGACUUUCACAAGGAGUGGACUGAGGCUGGAGUCAGUGCAUCAAGAGCCACCACACACAGACGGAUCCUGGACAUGGGCUUCAGAUGUCGUAUUCCUCUUCUGAACAGCAAACAACGUCAGAAGCGUCUUACCUGGUCUAAAGAAAAACAGACCUGGUCUGUUGCUCAGUGGUCCAAAGUCCUCUUUUCUGAUGAGAGCAACUUUUGCAUCUCAUUUGGAAACCAAGGACCCAGAGUCUGGAGGAAGAUUGGAGAGGCACACACUGCAAGAUGCUUGAAGUCCAGUGUGAAGUUUCCACCGUCUGUGUUGAUUUGGGGAGCCAUGUCAUCUGCUGGUGUUGGUCCACUGUGCUUCAUUAAGUCCAGGGUCAACGCAGCCGUCUACCAGGAGAUUUUGGAGCACUUCAUGCUUUCUUAAGCAGACGAGCUUUAUGGGGAUGCUGACUUCAUUUUCCAGCUGGACUUGGCACCUGCCCACACUGCCAAAAGUACCAAAGCCUGGUUCAAUGACCGUGGGAUUACUGUGCUUGAUUGGCCAGCAAACUCACCUGACCUGAACCCCAUAGAAAAUCUAUGGGGCAUUGCCAAGAGAAAGAUGAGACGUGAGAUCGAACAAUGCAGAAGAGCUGAAGGCCGCUAUUGAAUCAUCCUGGUCUUCCAUAACAACCCAGCAGUGCCACAAGCUGAUAGCUUCCAUGCCACGCCGCAUUGAGGCAGUAAUUGCUGCAAAGGGGCCAAAACCAAGUACUGAGUCCAUAUGCAUGCUUAUACUUUUCAGAGGUCUGAUAUUGUUCUAUGUACACUCCUUGUUUUAUUGAUUGCAUGUAAUAUUCUAAUUUACUGAGAUUGUGGAUUUGGGGUUUUCAUGAGCUGUAAGCCAUAAUCAUAGCACUUAUGACAAAUCACAGCUUGAACUAUCUUGCUUCGCAUGUAAUGCGUCUAUCUCAUAUAUUAGUUUCCCCUUUUACGUUGCAUUACUGAAAUAAAUGAACUUUUGCUCGAUAUUAUAAUUUUUCGAGCAUCUCCUGUAUAUAUAACUUGUUUUGUUUAUGUUGUCUCUUAGAUGUUUUGUAUAACAGAUGGAUAAUGUCAUUUUACGUGUUCACUCACUUUUGGUGUAUUUUUUUUUGUGUUUACUUUGCUAGUGAGUGAUAUUUGUAUCUGGACCCACGAGUGAUUUAUAUGAAUUUUUAAAUUUUCAUGUUGUGUUUGCACUUUACUUCUUUGUGGGUUAUUUCUGCCUCUUUGCAGACUAAUAAUGGUCAAUGUUCCCCUUAAUGCAGGCGACCUUUCACACAACGGAAAUUCUUAGAGAACUUACAAGAGGAAUGUCAGGUAUGUACCCGAGGGGUAUAUGUGGUUUUUCUACAUGUGCAGACACCCAAACCCCGAAACCUCCCACAGCAUGCCAACUUCUACCAGGGCCAUGCCAACUGCCACACUUUACUCACCAACUUCCACGCACUCCACGCUGGUUUCUACAUGCUCCAUACUCACCACUCCAUCUUCCACACGCUCCACACAUAUUCCCACACGCUUGGUAAAAAUGAAAAAAAAAAACAUUGAUAACAAAUUAAACUACAGUAGAUCAAUCUAUUCACCUCUCAUCACAUACGCAAAAUCACUAUACAGCCAACUCCCGUCCAUUCCUAUUCUCACUAUACAGCCAGCUCCCGUCCAUACCCAAUAUCACUAUACAGCCAGCUCCCGUCCAUACCCAUUCUCACUAUACAGCCAGAUCCCGUCCAUACCCAUUAUCACUAUACAGCCAGCUCCCGUCCAUACCCAUUCUCAGUAUACAGCCAGCUCCCGUCCAUACCCAUUCUCAGUAUACAGCCAGCUCCCGUCCAUACCCAUUCUCAGUAUACAGCCAGCUCCCGUCCAUACCCAUUCUCACUAUACAGCCAGCUCCCGUCCAUACCCAUUAUCACUAUACAGCCAGCUCCCGUCCAUACUCAUUAUCACUAUACAGCCAGCUCCCGUCCAUACCCAUUAUCACUAUACAGCUAGCUCCCGUCCAUACCCAUUAUCACUAUACAGCCAGCUACCGUCCAUACCCAUUCUCACUAUACAGCCAGCUCCCGUCCAUACCCAUUAUCACUAUACAGCCAGCUCCCGUCCAUACCCAUUAUCACUAUACAGCCAGCUCCCGUCCAUACCCAUUCUCACUAUACAGCCAGCUCCCGUCCAUACCCAUUAUCACUAUACAGCCAGCUACCGUCCAUACCCAUUCUCACUAUACAGCCAGCUCCCGUCCAUACCCAUUAUCACUAUACAGCCAGAUCCGUCAAGCCACCCAUUAUCACUGCCACAGCCAGCCCCGUCCAUACCCGACAGCAUCACUAUACAGCCAGCCCGUCCAUGCAUUAUCACUGCCUGGCCAAAAGCUCCGUCCAUACCAUUCUCACUAUACAGCCAGCUACAGAUCCAUACCCAUUAUCACUAUACAGCCAGCUACCGUCCAUACCCAUUAUCACUAUACAGCCAGCUCCGUCCAUACCCAUUAUCACUAUACAGCCAGCUCCGUCCAUACCCAUUCUCACUAUACAGCCAGCUUCGUCCAUACCCAUUCUCUUUCUAUACAUGCAGUCCAUACCCAUUAUCACUAUACAAUGGCUCCGUCCAUACCCAUUAUCACUAUACAGCCAGCUCCCGUCCAUACCCAUUAUCACUAUACAGCCAGCUACCGUCCAUACCCAUUAUCACUAUACAGCCAGCUCCCGUCCAUACCCAUUAUCACUAUACAGCCAGCUCCCGUCCAUACCCAUUAUCACUAUACAGCCAGCUCCCGUCCAUACCCAUUAUCACUAUACAGCCAGCUCCCGUCCAUACCCAUUAUCACUAUACAGCCAGCUACCGUCCAUACCCAUUAUCACUAUACAGCCAGCUCCCGUCCAUACCCAUUAUCACUAUACAGCCAGCUCCCGUCCAUACCCAUUAUCACUAUACAGCCAGCUCCCGUCCAUACCCAUUAUCACUAUACAGCCAGCUACCGUCCAUACCCAUUAUCACUAUACAGCCAGCUACCGUCCAUACCCAUUAUCACUAUACAGCCAGCUCCCGUCCAUACCCAUUAUCACUAUACAGCCAGCUCCCGUCCAUACCCAUUAUCACUAUACAGCCAGCUCCCGUCCAUACCCAUUAUCACUAUACAGCCAGCUCCCGUCCAUACCCAUUAUCACUAUACAGCCAGCUCCCGUCCAUACCCAUUAUCACUAUACAGCCAGCUCCCGUCCAUACCCAUUAUCACUAUACAGCCAGCUCCCGUCCAUACCCAUUAUCACUAUACAGCCAGCUACCGUCCAUACCCAUUAUCACUAUACAGCCAGCUCCCGUCCAUACCCAUUAUCACUAUACAGCCAGCUCCCGUCCAUACCCAUUAUCACUAUACAGCCAGCUCACGUCCAUACCCAUUAUCACUAUACAGCCAGCUCCCAUCCAUACCCAUUAUCACUAUACAGCCAGCCCCCGUCCAUACCCAUUAUCACUAUACAGCCAGCUCACGUUCAUACAGACUAUAAGUUCACAUUGUACAGUAAUGUGUUCAAGGACAUCAAUCUCUUAGGUCUGCCAUUUCCUGGCUAAGAUUUUGAUCCCUAAAUUUAAUCUAGUUGCCACGUCUGCUUUAUUUCAAUCUUUGGCCACCAUUUUGGAAAUAAAUAGAUUAAUUGUAGAUUACAAAUAAUGUCCUGCCUGUUAGCAACUUACAUUUCAGAAACGUGAUCUGUUCCUGCGUUUCUCGUGAACACUGAUCCCUUUGGCUGUAUUUAGUUUUUUUUUAUUUUGUCACCUGUCAGUCCACAUUGGUUUUAAUAAGCUUAUUUACUAUUUAGUUACAAACAUGGGUUUAAUAGCGCUAACGAUAUGUCUUUCUGCUCUGCAGGCUUCUUCAAGCGCCUUCUAGGGAACAAUCUAAGGCCCAGCUCUUCAUCACAGACCUCCUCGUCCUCAUGUAAGACCUCGUCCUCAUGUAAGACGUCGUCCUCUUCACAAGAAACCUCCGUGAAAAUGGCUGUAUCGCCAAACAGAGUGCCUUGCGAGCCGGCGCUUGUCUGGCCAAGAAAGAGUGUGCGCUGGGACCUUCAGUAUGACGUGUACAUCUGCCACAGCGAGAAGGACUCUUCGUUUGCGUUUGAGAUGCUCUCGUACCUGGAAUCUCUGCCAGAGAACCUGCGCUGCUUUCUGCCCAUGCGUGACAUGGCUGUGGGGAGCUCCAUUGCCUCUGAGAUGUGCUAUGGUCUAAGAAGCAGCCAUUGUUGGGUAAUGCUUCUCACCCCUGAUUUUCUCCAGGACUCGUGGUGUGGUUACCAGCUGAACCAAGCCUUGGUGCUAGCUCCCUGUGGCAUGGGGCGUUUUAUCCCUCUUAUGUUGGAUUUGCCAAAAUCUCAGUACCCGGUAGUGCUGAAAUUCAUGUAUUAUAUCCCAGGGACAUGUGGAGAUAUGUCGGUGUUGACCAAGGUGGGACGUUGCAUACUGAUGUGUAAGUAUGUUUUAUGAUUCCUACAGAAAGUGGAGCGUUCUGCUCACAGAUUACUGAGAACAAUGGGAAUUAUAUGUAAAGUGCAACAUUCAAAACGUGGAGCAGUUGUCCUGGAAACCUGUUCAAUGCCCCUGCUGAUUACUCUACUCUUAGAUCUUUGCCCCAGGAUUGCUUUAAAUAUUAAUAGUAUUACUGUCAUGCCAAAGCAUGAGUUGGCAUUUGAUAUGUUAUGAGUUGUUUUUGUACCUGUUGGGAUAACAUGUAUUGUACACUUUGAUCUAACACCAGGCCCAAGUCAUAAAAUAUUUUUUGUGAAUAUAAUUUUUAUUUGUAUAGAUUAUUCAAGAUUCAGAGACUCACAGGUCUCCAAGGUGAGUUAUCAGAAGAUAAGAAAACAUUGAUUUUUAGUUGGGCUCGCAGGCCCACAAUGUUGACGGACUUGCAAGUCCCUUUUAUCAAAUUUCACAAGUAUUCUCAAUUACAUUUUCUUCUGCGACUUGGCCUAUUGAGCGGGUCGUAUGUAUAUGAUUUAUACGUUUCGUUUACAGCAGUUGUGGUUUGUGUACAGAAAAUGCUGAGGCUCGCAGGCCUCUCGUCCAACCUCCAUUGUUAGGAGACUCACUGGUCUCUUCGUCUUGGGUUGUGUAUUGUGUCCUGAGUGGAUUCGUGCGUCCCUCCUCUCAGUGUCUUGAGUGUCGUGUGUGUGGGUGAGGGUGCGUCCGUGUUGUGGGUUUGUGUUUCAAGUCAUAAAAUUUAACAACCAGAUAACCAGCACCACAGCUGGACAUAGGGUGUCAUAAAUGUAAUGGUCCAUAUGCUCUGACUUUGGGUUAUUCAAAGGACAUCAUGUAAGGAAAUAUAAGAACAGUUAUUUAUAUUAUGAAAAGGCCCAAUAUGACUAUAUAUUCCGAUUGCCCAGGUUAUAUCCAUUUGUUUGGUACCAAACAUGCCCAGUGGAAGUUGCGCCUGUCAUGGGAAACCAGAAUGGACACUUUAGAAGUUAAAGUUAGCAUGUUUGAUCUCUGAAAACUCAGAAUUGGAAGAAUAUGAUGAUAACAUAAUUAUAGAGGUAUACAGUAAAUGGCACAUUUUAGGACGCCUAAUGUGAUUUCAGGUAAAUCCACACUAGUGCCCUGGACCAGUUUGAUGGAGUAGACAAUAAACUGCCAGGCCAAACCCCUCUGAUCCACCCAGGUGUCUGGCGACUUAGAAACACCCAGUUUGAGCUACAUAAUCAGAUUAUACAGGGAGAGAUUUUUAACAACUGUUUGUCCCUCCGUUAAGAACGCAUGGCGUAAACUUUCUGCCAUUUACUAAAGUUAACCCCAGAUCGCAGCGAUUGUGGGGUUAACGCUCCUCCAGUGUGCCUCGGUAUCCGUGGCAGACCAGAAGCACCCGAUCACGCUGUCCCUGCAGCUCUCCUGAUCUGCCUCCCUGCUCUUUCACGGUCAGUGUGAAGUGCAGGGAGACAGAUCAGCAGUGAUCUGCUUCUCCCUGGGAUAAAAAAAGUUGAAGUGAAUUCCCAUCUCUUUCCCCUGCUUUAAACCCUUCCCUGCCAAAUGAUCACUGCCUGGGAUCACAAUACAGAUCUCAGUAUUAUACCUAACUUUAUAUUUUUUAAACCUCCUGGCAGUUACAUUUAUUUAAUUAAUUUAAAUAUUUUUAAAUUAUAUAUUUAGCUGGGGUGCGAGGACGUUAGUGGGGAAUUGGGGAGUUUGAUGUCAGGCUAGCUAGGGGUUAACAGUAAAACAAACGUUUUAAAAAGUAAUAAAACAAUGUUUUACUAACGUUAAAAAAAAAAAAAAAGUACAAAAAAUCCCACCCCCUUUUACCCAGUCCUAAUAAAAAUUAACCCCUUCCCUGCCAGUUGAUCACUGCCUGCAGCGAUCAAAAUACAAAUCACAGAAUUAAACUGUGAUCACAUUUUGUUAACCCCUGAGGGCUAACUUUUAUUUUUUAUUUUUUACCCCUUAGUGGUUCGAUUUAUUUAAUUAAUUUAAAUAUUUUAAAAUGAUAUAUUUAGCUAACUGGGGUGGGUGGGAUUUUGUGGGAAAUUGAGGAAUUUACUGUUAGGCUAGUUAGGGGUUAACAGCUAAAAAAAAGUUUAUUUAAAAAAAUAUGCUCAUAACCACUACACAUGCAACAAACUAGCAAAAAAAUAGUCCCAAGUAAGGUUUAAAAUAUGCCUUUUUAAAUACCCGUGGGUGUAUUAUUUUAAAAAAUUGUAUGCGUUUUGUGGGGUAGUUAGAAUAACCAACCAGCUAAACUACUCCAAAAUGGAACAUGGACACAGCGUAAAAAUUCAAAGUUUGAAAAAACUGAAUUGCUGUGCCUCACAUGUUCCCCUUGUGGUAUUGCUGUACUCAGACGACAUAGCUGAGCAACUUAUGAAGUAUUAUUCAGUCGUAGCACACAUAAGGUUUGCAGAAUAUUCUGUGCAAACUCACUCUGUGUAUCAAAAAGGCAGAAAAAAUGCUUAUUACCACUACACAUGGUACAAAACAGCCAAAAUAUUAUCCCACGCUAAAGUUAAAAAUAUGCCUUUUGAAAUACCCCGGUGUAUUCGUUAAGAAGUGGCAUGCGUUUGUGGGGUAGUCUGAAUAAUCAACUGUCUCAACUACUUCAAAAUGGGACAUGGACCCAGCAUAAAAAUUCAAUGUUUGCAAAAAACUGGAAUGGCUGUGUCUCAAAUGUGCCCCUUCAACGUCCAUAUAUACCUGUCAAAGAUACAUACGGGGGUAUUCCUGUACUCUGACGCUGCCUUUUAUCCACAUAAAUUAAUUUAUUUUGAAAUACUUCUCCUAAGCUAAAAAAGAAACAAAAAAACCCAAAUCACUGAAAUACAUUCCGCGAUGUGAGUUUAAACUGGAAUUGGUGAAUAACGUACGAUCUGUAAAAAUAAUAAGCCUUGAUAAAAUUCACAAAGGUUUAUUAAAUCCAGACCCUGGAAACUUACAAAGUGAGGUGAUAAAGACUAAUCCUUUUGGCUGAACCUCUCUUUAAUCCACCGUGUUCGAUCAGAACCCUCAGACUUUCUGACUUUAUUAAAAAUUGAAUGUGUCACAGUCUGCGUGAUUAAUAUGGUUCUAAAUUGAUAAAAUCACGGGGAGCAUUCCAAAAUUCUACUAGAGUGACCAUAAAGUUUGAAGGUAGCCAAACAACUAUAUUAUGGCAGUCAAAAAACCACACAGUGAGAAACCAUAAGGAUGUUUUUUGACUCCUUAUGGUUUCUCACUGUGUGGUCUUUAGAACUGAUUCUGAUUGGCUGGGGGAACUCUCACCCUGAGCCUGAUGGUGUGUCAUUUGACAGAGUAUAUAAAAAAGGAAGCGUUAACUGGGUGGCCAAAGACAGACAGAGCGUCGGUGGGCACCUAUUGCAAGCAAUACUACGCACUGCUUUUCUUAAUGGGUGCUCACUGACCGCUUACGCUCUCAGCCAAUCAGUGAUUGCCGUGCUGACCCCCUCCUCAUACAGUAGCGCAGAGAGGAAGGAAGCCGGGAAGCACAGGUGCCGGGCCUCAGAGACCCAACUUUGGGGUUAAACCGUGUUUAAAUUUCCUGAAGAUAAGAUGGCGUAUGGACCCUCCUGCCCUCAUAACUUAAAUAAGCUUAAGUUGUUAUGGAGGUAGGACUGUUCCUUUAAGAAUGCAGACCAAACAGGAAAAUUGCUGGCCAUGCGCUUAAUAAUAAACUGUGCUAUUUUUAUUUUCUUUAUAGAUCUAAAGAAGUUACAAAACGUGAUGAGCAGUGGAACAAGUGAGCAAGCUAAUAUUUCCUCCAGCUGUAACCCGUCACUGAGCUCUAGGGCACAGGACUCCAGCAAUAACCCAUCACUGAGCUCCGGGGCACAGGACUCCAGCAAUAACCCAUCACUGAGCUCUGGGGCACAGGACUCCAGCAAUAACCCAUCACUGAGCUCCGGGGCACAGGACUCCAGCAAUAACCCAUCACUGAGCUCCGGGGCACAGGCAUCCAGCAAUAACCCAUCACUGAUCUCUGGGGCACAGGACUCCAGCAAUAACUCAUCACUGAGCUCUGGGGCACAGGACUCCGGCAAUAACCCAUCGCUGAACUCCGGGGCACAAGACUCCAGCAAUAAUACAUUACUGAUCUCCAGGGCACAGGACUCCAGCAAUAACCCAUCACUGAGCUCCGGGACACAAGCGUCCAGCAGUAACUUGUCUUUGAGAAUUUCCAAGGCGCAGGCAUCACACACAGAACAGGAGCAGCAACACGAAGGAGAGUAA